CCAGAAGCGCACAAUACGAACGCAUCAGAGAUAGAGAGUCAGCCGGCUUUAAAUACACACGUGGAGCAUCCGGAAGUGCAACGCUGAUACGCGCCGCCCACCCGGAGGCUGUACCUGUCUUAUUUUUUAAUUCUUUGUGCAAAUAAUAGGUGAAUAUGUAGUGAAGUUUAAUGGCUAAGGUUUCGUUGGUUAACAUGUGAAAUAUAUAACUAUAUAUAACUACGGCCCCUGUAGGAUGUAUUGGGAGGAGUGUAUACGUGACAGAAAACGCGUGGCCGGAGUGCAGGUGAAACAGACCCCCAGGGAAACGGCGGUGUGGUCAGUGAGUCAUUCACCAACAUAUUAAUAUAGCCUAUACGGCCAACCAAAAGCAGUGCCACCGAGGAACGAAGCCACAAAAUCAGUACGGAUGCAGUUUAGGAAAUAGUCUAAUUUUAGAAUAAAAAUCACGACUGAUCCGCGUCACUCAGUUCCACGAGAGGUUAUUAAUAGUGGCACUGGUGUAAGUUCCAGACCGGCCACAGGAAGUGUUUCCGGGGGGGGGAUACUUUAUGCCGUGACACCCGGCUACAGAGAGCGAAGAGUCAGAGAUGGCAGCUGGUGCGGUAGUCGCGAGGAAAAAAUCUGCGGGACCCCCGUCUCCGAUUUGGGGGACCCUACGCGCUCUAUGGAAGGAUAAGCAGCGGGUUCUGUUCAAACCCGAGUAUACCCUGCUCGUGACCGCGGUACUUUGGAUCGCCGAGAUCGGGAUCAAUAUCUGGGUGAUCCACCGAGUUGCAUAUACAGAGAUUGAUUGGAAAGCCUACAUGGAUGAGGUGGAGGGGGUUAUCAAUGGAACGUACGAUUACACUCAGCUGAAAGGAGACACUGGCCCCUUGGUGUACCCAGCUGGCUUUGUGUACAUCUUCACAGUGCUGUACUACGUGACUGGCCGGGGGAGGGAUGUUCGGCUGGGUCAGUACCUCUUCGCAGUCUUCUACCUCGUCACGCUGCUCCUGGUGUUUCGUAUCUACCUCCGCACCAGCAAGGUGCCCCCCUUCGUGUUCUUCUUCAUGUGCUGUGCCUCCUAUCGGAUCCACUCCAUCUUCAUCCUGCGGCUCUUCAAUGACCCCGUGGCCAUGAUGCUUCUCUUUGUGGCGGUCAACCUCUUCCUGGACGGCCGCUGGACACUAGGCUGCUGCUUCUACAGUCUGGCAGUGUCUGUGAAGAUGAACGUGUUUCUGUUCGCCCCCGGGCUGCUGUUUCUGCUGCUCUGUGAGUUCGGGCUGCUGAGGACCAUUCCCAGGCUCUCCCUCUGUGCAGCUAUACAGGUGGCGCUGGGCCUCCCCUUCCUGCUGGAGAACCCGCUGGGCUACGUGAGCCGCUCCUUUGACCUGGGCCGGCAGUUCCUCUUCGAGUGGACUGUGAACUGGCGCUUCCUCCCUGAGGAGGUCUUCCUCAGCCGCUAUUUCCACCUGGCCCUGCUGGGGGCGCACCUCUCCAUGCUGCUGCUCUUCACUCUCUACCGCUGGAACAGGUCUCAGGAGAGCAUCAUCGCCCUGCUGAAGGACCCAGCCCAGCGCAAACACACCUCGCCGAAGCUCACCGCUGACCAGAUCACCUACACACUGUUCACCUCCAACUUCAUCGGGGUGUGUUUCAGCCGCUCGCUGCACUACCAGUUCUAUGUGUGGUACUUCCACACGCUGCCCUACCUGCUGUGGAGCGGCCGGGUCACGAAACUGGCUCCCCUGCUCAGGGUGCUGAUCCUGGGGCUGGUGGAGCUGUCCUGGAACACCUAUCCCUCCACGGUGUACAGCUCGGCUGCGCUGCACGCCUGCCAUCUCAUCAUCCUGCUGUCUCUGUGGUAUGGAGAGGAGGCUGCCGUCGACCUCCACAAACGCAAGUGAUCCCCCGUCCAGCACCAUGGGAGGACUGUUCAAACAGGCCCUUCCCCGUCAGUCCCAUACGAGGAGAAGGAGAGUGCAAGCACAGAGAGUCCAGUCUUGGUGUAAUCUAGCCGUCCAGCGCUUUCUCAGUCUCUGCUCAGCAGAAUGUUCUGGGGGAAGGAACGGCAUUCUGAUCUAGUGGUUAGAGAGUACAGGGCUAAAGCUUAUCCCUGUGAGACCUUAUGCAGUGCUAUUGGUAUUUCUGUAUCUGAAACCUUUAACAAAACAAAUCUCUUUACAGGUGUGGUGGGUUUCAGCAGUGUAUGGAAUUAGAGAAAUACACCUCUUGCAGUUGCCACACUGUUCCACACCUCGCCAGUUCAAUCGGGACUCUUGAGAUUAACCUACACUGAGAAUGUUGGACGUGGGACCUUGAGUGAUAGUUUUAUUUAUUUAUUUUUUUUCAUUUGAGUUUAUUUUUAUUUGUGUCGACCUGCUGCUGAAGUAACAGCGACAAAGAGCCAAAGAAAAACGAGGAGGACACAAAAAACAAAAGUAGAAUCUUUCAGUUUUCCAUGUGCAACUUGUUGAUUCUUGGGCAGCAAUGUGUGAUUUCUUUAUUAUUAUUAUUAUUAUAAAAAUUUUUUUUUAAGAAUUAAAGGAUAAAAACUUU